AUAUCAGACAAAAUGUUCAGUUAACGUAAAUCAAAGCGCAGUGAACUUGUCCAGAGAGCGCGCAGUUGUGUAUAUUGGAAUUAGAUAGUUGAAUUUGGAUACACGGGCUUCUACAAGAAAUGCCAGGUGGAGGCGGUGACAGUGUCAAGGUGGCUGUGCGCGUGCGACCAUUUAAUCAGAGGGAGAAAAAUGCAGGAUCAAAAUGUAUCGUUUCUAUGGACGGCAAGACUACCCGCCUCACCAACCCUGCCAAUGGCGAGGUCAAGUCGUUCGCAUUCGACCAAUCCUACUGGUCCCACGACAGCUUCACGGAAGACGAGGAGGGAAUAUAUGAGAGAGAGUCGCCUGAAUCAAGCUAUGCUGACCAGAGACGAGUAUUUGAAGACCUCGGCCAGGGGGUGCUGGACAACGCAUGGCAGGGUUACAACGCUGCCCUCUUUGCCUACGGGCAGACAGGUUCUGGGAAGAGCUACUCAAUGAUCGGCUACAACGCCAACAAGGGCAUCGUCCCCAUUACGUGUGGCGAGCUGUUCAAGGCUAUAGAUGACAAUGAAGACAACGACAAACAACUUAGGGUGUCAUUUAGUAUGUUGGAGAUUUACAACGAACAGGUGCGCGACCUUCUUGCCAAGGGGAAACAGCAGAUUGGCGGACUCAAAGUCAGACUGAAUCCCAAAAUUGGCUUCUAUGUGGAGGGACUCAAGCUAGUUCCAGUGAAGAACUACAAGCAGAUAGAGAAACUCAUGGAACAGGGCACGUACAACAGAACCACCGCCUCAACCAACAUGAACGCCACCAGCAGCAGGUCGCAUAUGGUUAUCACCAUCAAGUUUGAACAGGUAUUUCCAAAUGCAAUGGGUCAAAGUACGACAAAGAGCAGUGAAAUCAAUCUUGUAGACCUGGCGGGCAGCGAGAGAGCCAACUCCACGGGGGCAACGGGUGAUCGCCUGAAGGAAGGCUCAGCCAUAAACCAGAGCUUAUCGUCGCUUGGCAAUGUUAUCAGUGCCCUCGCUGACCAGGCCAUGGGCAAGAAGAAAGUCAUGGUCCCCUACAGAGAUUCCGUCCUGACCAAGUUGCUGCAGUCGGCGCUCGGGGGUAACAGCAGGACGAUUAUGAUCGCUGCACUCAGUCCAGCGGAUAUCAACUAUGACGAAACCUUGUCCACACUUCGAUAUGCAGAUAGAGCCAAGAAGAUCCAGAACAAAGCUGUUGUCAACGAGAGUCCCACCGACCGCCUCAUACGUGAACUGAAAGAAGAGAACGCCAAGCUUAUGGCCUUGUUGGGGGGCAAGGGGGCUAAACCUGGAGCGGACACGAACCUCCUGGAACAGCAGCUGCAGGAGAAUCAGCGGAAGAUGUCGGAAAUGCAGCAGUCAUGGGAUCACAGACUGGAGGCAGCCAGACGAGACUGGGAAAAGGAAUUCCUGAGGACUGACCGCAAUGAGUGGGAAAUAAAUCCCUAUCUCAUGAACGUGAAUGAAGACCCUCAGCUGACGGGCGUGGUGAAACACGCACUGGUUGAAGGCUCGAUGACAAUUGGUAAAUCCGGAGACCCCGAGAUCAAUAUAGCACUGAAAGGACUUGGAAUCCAGAAACGUCACGCGAUCGUUGAGAAUGACGGCGGGUCCGUGUGGGUUAGACCAUGUGUUGCCCAUGCACAAGUUAUCAUCAACGGGUCAAAGGUCAAACAAAAACAAGAACUACAUCACAUGGACAGAGUUAAACUGGGGUCAAGUAGCCUGUUCCUGUAUAUCGGCUUUCAAGAGAAUAGAUCAGACUUGGACCAAGUGAAGAAGUACAGCUUUGACUACUUCAUGACGGAAUUAGCCGAACAUGAAGGUAUUGCGGUUGAAUUACACACGCCACGUGACUUCGACACAGAGGAGGAUCACGUGACCACUGUAGUAUACCAAGAAUAUGUUGAUCUGAUGCCGGCUAUAGCAGAAGCAAACGCCAUUAGCGAAGAGCUGAAUAAGAAAUUAAAGUUCGAGCCAGAAGUAAAAAGCCAAUCUAGUCAUGACACCAAGGCCAAGGCAAAGGAGAAGGAGAUCAUAGUCCGAGUUACUAAUGUCCAGACGAAGAAAGUUUGGAUCUGGUCAAAAAGCAAGUUUCUCCACCGGAAGCUCAUCAUGAAUGGUCUGUACACGCAGUUUAUGGAACAGGGUGAAGUGACAGUCUCUGAGGAUCAGGAUCCUUUCUGGGACCCAGUCGAACCCAUCUUUCUGGGAAGUUGCCACGUGUGGCUGAAGAUGUUGGCCUACAGUGACGAGAUAGACGAACACUUCACACUACACAACUACCACGGGAAGGAAGAAGCUGUGGUGCACGUGCAGCUCCUGCCCUGCGACAAAGCUGGGGUCCCGCUACAGGGAGAAUCCAUGGUGUUCGAACCGGAGGAUCUUAAAGACAAAGCCUUCUAUUUUUUGCUGAAAGUGCCGACUUGCAUGAGUGUUCGAUGGACGAUGGAGGACGCGACGAGAGGGGUUAUGUGCAAACUGAGGUUCUUUGAGGAAAAGGAGCCGCUGUGUUCCCAGAAGGUGUGGGGAUCCACGAUGGCCAGCUUGAACUACCAGAAACACUUCUCCUACAUGAAGAUGCCGAUGUCCCUUCUUCAGUAUUUCCAGAGAGAGUCCCUAGUGGUGGAGCUGUGGGGAACACAGGGUGAAAAGGAGGUUCGGCAUACAAAUGGUAUUCAGGAAAAUGGAAACCAGAAUCAGCAUGUAACAGCCCUUACUAACAAACUGGAACAACUGAACACACAGCUUGAAGAGAUUGACGAUGAGAGGGCAACUUUAAAGAAGGAAAACUUUAAGCUGAGAACAGAGUUGGAGCGACAGAAACAGGCAGUGAAACUAGCCCGUGUUGGGAGAGGAAGCUUCAAUGAGCUCCCGGUGUCGCGAUCUACCUCCAGUGGCAGCAACUCGGGAGAUGUACCGAAGACACACGCGGUUGGCCUGGACGUGGAGCUCGCCAAGAGCAUCAAGACCUUCUUCCAGGACAUGCGGAGUGUACAACAGCAGAUCAAGGACAUGAAAACUGCAGUCACCACAGCCCAGUCCAGUAAUGUCCAGAACGGUAACCUGAAGGCAGCCUUGCAACAACAGAGCGAGAACCUUGUGAAAACUGAAGACCAGAUCAACGUGUGCCUCAAGAAUCUAAAACAAAGUGUCGUCAAUACCAUCAAAAAGUCCAAAGACUCUUCAUGACGACGCUAGUUCCAGGACAGUACCGAAAUCGCAUUACGUUAACCAUCGUGCAGUGUGCCUCCUUACAGUAUAGAUUUGCACUAACUGUUGAAUGUACAGUAGGAUUUGCCAUGUGUAGUGCAUCGCCAAGUAUUAACUUUCGAAGGGUGUAAGGUAUUAAUAGAAGGAAGAUAACGCCAAAAUUAGUAUCCAACUUUAAGCCCAUGGCCCUAAAUACGGAAAUAUUUUCCGUUUUUAAGCGUAUGAGCGUAAUCCCGCGCGGGCCUAAAUACGGGAGGUCCCGGUACGCAGCCCGGUAUGGUGUGCCGAUAUUGAGUUGCUCUCUUUAUGCCAGUUCCAGUUGGUAGCAUGUAUUGACUUAAACGUCAGUGCGGCGACUGUGACAAUGUAUACCUGUAUGAAUGUACAUGAGAGCGUGCGUGAGUGAGUGAGUGAGUGAGUGAGUGGGUGGGUGGGUGAGUGAGCGAGUGAGUGAGUGAGUGAGUGAGUGUGGUAUUAUGCCGCUUUUAGAAAUAUACCAGCACUAUCACGGCGGGUGGACACCUAUAAUACAUUGUACCGAUGUGACGAACCAACGCUUUAACAAUGUCAUUACAAUCAGAUUUUUUAGUCCGACACAAUAUUUCUGCGUGAAUAUCUGACACAUCCAUAGAACGUCACGUCAGGUGAACCCUGAGUCAACGCUGGUCGCUCAAUCUAAACGAAGGAUGGGUGGGACUUUUUGUCAUUGGUACCGAACAUUUAAAAGCCUAAACGCUGACUGGCUGAUCUCAGAUCUUCGUGCAGAGAGGUGUCGUAUCCUAGAAAUGAGAUUGACUCUUUAACUACUAGGCUACCCCUGCUCACUUGUAUGAAGGUUAAUAUUUAAUUGUUCAAUAUUAUUAUUUAUAUGUUUGACCAAAUGUCAUUUUUGGGUUUGGAUAAUAUCUGCUUUGGUUUAUAUUGACAUCAAAUGGCAAUAAAAACAAAUUGUGCAAUAAGAAA